AUGGCGCAAGAUCCUCGAGCAUUGCUGCAGAAAGCCGAUAGAGCCGCCCAAGGCGCCUCGGGUGGCUUUAGCUUGUUCGGCGGGCGAGCAGAAAAAUGGGAAAACGCAGCAGACCUGUACACACAAGCCGCGAAUGCAUUCCGGGUACAGAAGCAGAACUAUGAAGCCGGCCAAGCGUUCGAGAAAGCAGCGUCGAUACAACAAAACAAACUCAACGAACCCGACGACAUGGCCAACACCCUGACCGAAGCAUUCAAGGUAUACCGCAAAGACUCGCCGCAAGACGCUGUGCGGGUCCUAGCGACUGCUAUAUCACACUACACCACCAAAGGCAACUUUCGUCGUGCGGCGACGCACCAGCAGAACCUGGCAGAAGUAUACGAGAUGGAGCUUGGGGACCAGAAGAAGGCGCUGGCCGCCUAUGACACGGCCGCGCAGUGGUACGAGAGCGACAACGCCGAGGCGCUGGCGAACAAGUUGUACCUGAAGGUCGCCGACCUGGCCGCCCUCGAGGGUGAUUACCAGAACGCGAUCGCGAAGCUCGAGGCGGUCGCCAAGUCGUCGCUCAACAGCAACCUCAUGCGCUGGUCCGUCAAGGAUUACUUCCUUAAGGCGGGGAUCUGCUACCUUGCCGCUGGGGACCAGGUCGCAACGAAACGCGCGCUUGAACACUACAGGGACUUGGAUAAUGGGUUCGCCGGCACACGGGAACACAUGUUGCUGACGGACCUGGUCGCGGCUGUCGAGGAGGGCGACCAAGAGGCCUUUGCGGACAAGCUGUUCCAAUAUGACCAGUUGAGCAAGCUCGACAAAUGGAAGACGACGCUGUUGCUUAGAGUCAAGAAUGCCAUUGAAAAGGAGGAAGAGGAUUUCUCAUGA